GUUAUAGAGGUCAGAUGAGGAUUCACACACAACCAGAUAAAUAUCACAGUCCAGUCGUGUUUCAGACAUUUUAAAUGUUGCUACUGAACCGACGAGGAAAAUGUUUCUCAGAUUAGUUUUGUUCUGUUUGUGUUUGUGGCGUCUGGAUGGUGUGUUUGGUGAUGAAGAGAGGUUUCUGUUUAAGCAUGAGGGAAAAACAGUCUUUCUGGGCACUAGUCUUACUGAUAUUAAGGAUGAUGAUGAGAUUCAGUGGAUAUUUGGACAUAAAAUCCCUUUAACAGCUCCAUUCAACAAACAAACCGACAGAAUCACUGUAUAUGACGAUGUUCUUGAUGGGUUCUUCAUAAAGAAACUGCAGCCGGCUCAUCAUGGAUCUCUGAUCAUCCCAGACAUCAGAACUGAACAUGCUGGAGUUUAUCAACUACUGAUCAACCAGCGAGUGAAGAUUUCUUUUUAUCUCUUUGUCCAUGUGUUUGGUGAUGCAGGAAAGCCAGUGUCAGUGAUGGAGGGAGAUUCAGUCACUCUGAACACUAGUCUCACUGAAAUGGAGGAUGGUGAUGUGAUUCAGUGGUGGUUUUGGACUGAAAAGAACUUAAUGGCUAAAAUCAAUGUAACGGCCGACAGAUUCACUGUAUAUGAUGAUGUUCUUGAUGGGAGAUUCAGAGACAGACUGAAGCUGGACAAUCAAACUGGAUCUCUGACCAUCACAAACAUCACAAUGAAACAUAAAGGAGAUUACAACCUUUGCAUUAUUGGAUCAAAGGUUUUGUUAAAAACAAUUACAGUUUCUGUCAGUUCUCGUCUGCCUGUUCCUGGCAUCAUCAGAGGCUCACUCAACAUCACUCGACUCUGUCACACAUGUUCGGAUGAAGUGAAAGUGUCAGUGAAGGAGGGAGAUUCAGUCGCUCUAAAAACUGAUCUUACUGAAAUACAGACAGAUGAUCUGAUCCUGUGGACGUUUGGAACGGACAAAUCACUAAUAGCUAAACUCAAUAGAAAGUCCAGUAAAAUCUCUAUAUAUGAUGAUGUUCUUGAUGGGAGAUUCAGAGACAGACUGAAUCUGGAUCAUCAGACUGGAUCUCUGACCAUCACAAACAUCACAACUGAACAUGAUGGACUGUAUGAAGGGACCAUCGAAGGAAAGAAAGAGAUCAGAUGCAGAUUCAGUGUUUCUGUCUCUGGAAUCUGAGGUGACGGAGGAGACGUACACGUGUUUCAGAUCAGAUCAAUGAUCAAACUCUGUGAUUCUGUUUCUCACUAAUGAUGUUCUGAUCACAACAACUGCAUCUGUCUUUACAAUCUAUUACUGUUUCAAAUAUAUUGUUGAUUUGUCAUUUAUAUUUCCUCUAAAUUAUCUUUAAUGAGUUUAUUGUGAUCCUAUAUGAUAAAUACUGUAGAUUAUCAAAGACCGCUUUAAAUAUUUAGUAUAACAAGCUUUUUUCUCCAUAUGUCUCUGCUUGUCUUUAUCAAUAAAGUUUUCUCAUUCUGAUGUUCAAGAGUCUCUCCGUGUUUUAUUACAGUAUGUCAAGAGUCUUCUGGAAGAAGUGCUUCCUGUUUCCAGUUCGGUGUCUUCGUGGGUUUCGUUCUAUGUCUGGAUUCAAUCAUCAACUUCACCAGCGCACUUCACCACCAUCAACGCACCAAUUCCCAGCUGACCAUCUCAGUCCCUGCGCCACCCGCGGAUCCUCAUUCAGUGACUGUUCAUUUUACAUUUCCAAUAAAUGUGUUAACUUGC